AAAGUAUCUUGCAGUUUUAGCUUAAGUUUCCAGACUUUUAACUUCUACCUUUUGAGCUCGUAUAUAUAAUUCAAAAAUCUUCGGUGGUUUUAAAAUUCUUAGUGACUUAAAUGCGAUGGAAGAUGUCCGCACUCUGCGGUAUGAUAUCCAAUGGGAUGUUUUCGAGGGCAUGCAAAUAGUUGACAUCAAUUCAAAGCAUGUACUAUGACAUGGUGAUCGAGUUCAUGUGGUCCAAUUCGUUUCUGAAAAGUCUUGUCUAUGAGAGUCUGGGACUAUUCGAUUUGCCGGACAUGAAACAGACUUAUUCUUGGUAUGUGCGACACAUCCUGCGAAACGAGUGCUCCGUGAUGAUGAUUAGCGAAGAUGAAACGCAAAUAAGGGCAGUGGGAUUGCUGGAAUGGAUGACCGAGGAAUGGCACUCCUGGGUCUUCUUUCCCUCUUCGUUGCCCAGGAAUCUGUUCCAGCAGAUCAUAAUGAUGAAGAAGGAGCUCAUCGAUGCGACCAAAGCGAACAUGGGCAUCUCCACCUACGAUGCACUGUUCGUCCACGAGAUCGCCUUUCCGGAUGAGCUCUACUUUAACCGGGAUUUCCUGUCGACCAUCUUCGAUGUCUUUGGCUUUGUGGCCCAGCACAUGCACAUGCCGCGGGUCAGCUUCAUCGCCCUCAGCUCCGUGGACCAGGAGGCCGCCAGUCUGAUCGAUUACGAAGAGAUCGGGCGGACUAUCUACUCGAUCUACAAGGUUGGCAACACCCGGCCCUUUGACAUCCUUCGCGAGCUAGACGAGAUGUACGCACUGCUGUUUGAACUGGCCGUCUCGCCGGUACUGAAGUACAUUGAAAUGCCCGGUUUCGAGGAGUUCCACGAGGCCCUGGAUGCCAGGUUGGCCAAGGAGGCAGCCGAAAAGCGCCACGACGACGAUAUUUGAUAUGUUUCCUGCUGUCUUCUUCACAUAAAUGUCUGCCUACUCUUGGGCUACCCCAUCGUAAUUCCCCCAGCUUCCCUUUCACAAUUACUUAAUUGCAGGCACCAUCGUGGAGUGCCAAUUUUGACGGGGGGGGUGGAAUAGUGGAAUGUUUCCAAGCAGUCGGUGAUAAGCCUAUCAAUACGAUCCCCAUGCCAUGGCGAUAGUGCUGCCUACACAGGCAAAAAUAUGCUUGCAUUGACCCAAUCAAAACGUAGUACAGCAUUCAAUUCAAUUUUAUAACAUUUUCCAUAUAGAAAUUGCUAAGUGUAAUGAAAUAUAUUAAAAUGUUUAUUAUGUAGAUAAAGAGAUGCUUUU